UUUCCAGCAACUUGUCCGUUUUAGUCUGCUUCAUCUGCUAAAAUUCUCCUCACGUUCUUAUCCAGUGUGUGCGUUGAAAAACAGAAAAGAAAAUGAAAAGUCUAAAUCCAACGCCUGCCUUCGUUUCAUACCAGCAGCCUAAUUGUUUUCAUCGAUCAUCUACUCUACAUAUAUAACCAAAUCCCACCUAACCUAACUCCGCUGCCAAUUCUCCUUCUCUCUGUCUCUCAAAAUUUGCAACGAUUUUUUUUUUACAAAUAUCCCAUUUUAAUUCACAAUCUUGAUCACCUUCCAGAACCAUUGUUAUUAGCUAGCUAGAAUCCAACAUGAAGACAAAAGCACACAACCAAAGCAAGUUCAUGCGAGUCAUUACAAUCCCAUUGAGAGUUUUGUGUAAGGCAAGGGAUGUUUAUGUUAAGAGCAUGACAGAUUGCUCGAUGGGGAUGAGAUAUGGCCCUUCCAUGGUCUCGCGAGCAGGACAACACCCUCCCCUGCCCAGGAGUUUCAGUGUUAGCUCAUCAAGGUCUGAUCAUGACGGUGAAGAUUACAGAGAGCUUGUUAGAGCUGCUUCUGCCAGGAGCUUGGGUCACAGCAAUGAAAUUGAGAUGUACAUGCAGCUAUUGAGGCAGCAGCAAUCAUCGAUGAUGAUGGGGUCCAAAAAGGUGUUGCCAAAGAGUUGCAGUGUUGGAAUGGGGUUCAUGGGCAAGAUUGAUGAAGACAAACCAUGUGUUUUUGAAGCAGGUGUUGUUGAUGUAAAGCCACAGUUGGGUCCGAGAAGCAGUAGCUGUGCUGUUGGAAAAGGAAGGGUUGCCUUCUGAAUUGUUUGUGAGGGAUCCACCAUGAGGAGAGGUAAGUCAAGGGGCUCUCCCUCAUGGUUAAUUUGGCUCAAUUCUUUCCUCCUGUUGUUGAUGCUUGGGUAAUGGACUGUAAUGAUCGCUCAUCAUGGAAGUAUAUGAAUUUUGGGCUUUUGGGAAUAUCUGCAUCUUUGUAUAUUCAAAUGAAUCCAUAUUGAAGAAGAGAAGAAUGAAGAACAUCAUCUCAUUGUUUA